AUGUUCCGUGCUACCCACCGCGCACUCGACGCAUACCCCACUGAGACAUGGAGUUCCUCACAGAGCAUAUGGGCUAAGAAGCCACCUCGCGAGACCCAGCGGGUAGCAGCAGGCCCCGGCGAACUGUCCCAGCUCAACAGUUCCAACGCACGCGACCCUUGGGUCCAUCGUCCCGACGACUCCUGGGCAGCUCUCCAAGACCCUUCCACGAGGUCUGCCUCUGGCAGCACCUCCCCAACACGAACCAGAGAUGUCGUGUCACGGGCCGAAUUCAGCUCGGCUCCCCUCUACGCGAACUCACAAAUGAGGAUGGCCUCUCAAAACGGGAACGCCAACGGCCGGGCGAAUCCUCUGUCUAACACCUCCUCGCACAACAUGCCGAAGGCCCCUUUGGCCGAUGAGAAGGAGAAUGCCGGCCCUUUCAGCGCGACUUCCCUGGGCGAUGCCGCCAGGCAAGGCUAUGUGAGCGAACAUCGAGGAUCACAGGGCAGUGACUUCACCGGGAGCAACCACUCGCGCGAGCAGAGCAUGGCGUUACUCGGCCACGGGGAAGCUGAGCCAUAUCACGGUUCAUCUUCGUACAGCAACCCAAGCAACCCCUUCAACCCAAUUGGGUCCGACGCGGUGCUCUCGUCACAAGUUCCUCGACCCUCGCUGAACGGAUCAGCAUCCUUUCCGUUGCAGACCAAUGGCCAUGGCGGGGCUUACAUAGAUGGGCUCACGGCUGGUGUCCAAAAGAACCUGACCUUCCACGAGUCUGCGGAACACAGCUCCUCGCGCUCCUCACGGAGCCAUCAUGUAAUGAACCAUGCCCAGUCUUUCCCGCUGAAUGGCAGCACCCCAGCCUGGCAAGGACAGAGCCAGGGACGGCCUAGCACUCGCGAUUACGCCGCUACAUAUCAACCUCAACAGAGCAUUUUCUCCCAGGGCCCCCUGCCCGGAGAUCAGCGGGCAAACGCUGCCGGCCAGGGUCGCCUCGCGCGUACCUCGUCACAUUCAAAUGAUGUUGUGCAACCUGUCUCCGACGCCUGGCACCGACAAUCGUCGAUCGAGUCAUCCUUCCCUCUGGAGUCGGAAAGGAGCAUUUUCAAUGCGCCAGUGAUGGGCCAGGCCAGCCAACCGGCACCGAUCCACCAGCAAUUUGUUCCUGUCUAUAACACAAACGGGAUGUACAUGCCGUACAUCUCAGCACCGUUCCGCAAUCCCGGUCAGCUUCCGCCGGGUCAGGUCCAACCGGCCUGGCUCCCCAAUGCCUACACCGGCAACGCCGCCGCUUUCGUCCACCCCCCUCGUCCGCGUGAAGCGAACAAGCCGCAGGACGACGUUCUUGAUGACUUCAAGAGGAACUCCAAGUACAACAAGAAGGCGGAGCUCAAGACUAUAAAAAACCAUGUUGUGGUGUUCUGUGGGGACCAAGCUGGUUCUCGUUGGCUGCAAAACAGAAUUGAGACAGCCUCGACCGAAGAGAAAGACAUGCUGUUCGAAGAGAUCUAUCCGAACGGGUUGCAGCUCAUGUCUGACGUCUUCGGCAACUACGUGAUCCAAAAGUUCUUCGAGCAUGGCACGCAGCAUCAGAAGCGCGAGUUGGCUGGGCUGCUGAGAGGCAAGAUGUUCACCAUGGCAAAGGGCAUGUACGCAUGCCGAUGUGUGCAGGCGGCUAUUCAACACGUCCUGGUUGAUCAACAAGUUGAGCUCGCCAAGGAGCUUGACACCCCUGAGCACAACAGCAUCUUGGAGCUCCUUGACCACCAGCAUGCGAACCACGUCGUCCAGAAGAUCAUCGAAUCGGUCCCGCGUGAACAUAUCGGCUUCGUGAUGGAGACCUUCCGCAACAAUGUUGUGGCACUCUCUCGCAAACAGUUUGCUUGCCGCGUUGUUCAGCGCGUCAUGGAACACGGAUCGGAGGAGGACAAGGACUUCUUCGCGGCCGAGCUACUCCCGGAACUCGGGUGCCUCAUUGACGACCAGUAUGGCAAUUAUGUGGUACAGAACAUCGUCAAGGUUGGCAAGGAAAAGGACCGCGACCAAGUCGUUGCUCUUGUCAGAAGCAACCUGCCCAAGUACAGCAAGAACAAGCACGCCUCGAACGUGGUCGAGAUCUGUCUGGCAAACUGCAGCAAUGUGACGAGGUGUGAGGUAGCCGACGAGUUGCUCACCGAUGAGCAGAAGACGACGGAUCUCAUCCGAGACCAGUAUGGCAACUAUGUGAUUCAGACACUCACCAAGAAGCUCGAGGGACCCAAGAAGGACGAGUUCGAAGACUUUCUCCGGACUCUUGUGGUCAACAUCAAGAGGGACUCCGGAGGGCGCGGCUCAGCUCUCCAAAAGCUCACCGACUUGCUCUGGCCCAAGUCGGGUGUGCAACAUGGCCAAAAGCAACCUCAACGCUCCGGAAAUGAGAACACGGCGGCGCCGUCGCCGUCUCCUCUCCAGAUCGACACCGCAGUGCCUACUCCAGGCUUGACCAGGGAGCCCAACACCCCUCAGAGCAGCGGACCCCCAAGCACGAAUGCUAGCGCUACAGAGGAGACAGCACUGGACGCAAGCAAGCCGGUCAAAUCGGCAUCUGCGGCUGGAUCGUCUGCUCCACAGAUCCAAGCCGACGGCAACUAG